AUGCCCUUUUUCUCCAUUUCUGCACUGCGAGCCAUUACGGCUGCCUACCGGGUGCAGCUGAAUAGUUGCAUGAAACAGACCCUUGUCUACGCGGGCAAAUCACGUGUUGGGUCUCUUUUUGGUUUCGCCAUGCCUUUACUAAUAUGUGACAGCACCCUUCUUCGUAUCUGGGAUGUCUUCCUGCUGGAAGGAAUCAAAGUCCUCUUCCGCGUCUCUCUGGCCCUCUUCAUCCACCAGAAGCCCAUUCUGCUGCGCCAGAAUGACACCCUGGCGCUAUGGAAAAGUAUGAAGAGUGCCGUCAGUCUUACCUACGAUGUUGAUGGUCUCAUGAAGGUAAGACUUUUGUUAUUGCAUGGGUAUUUAUUUUUAAACUGGAAUCAGCUUUAUUAUAGAUCUCCAUAG